AUGUCUCUCGAGAAGCUCUCCUCUAGUAAGGUGUACGGCGGUGAGCUCGCUAAGUACAAGUUCAAGUCUGCGGCUCUUGGCGGCCUCGACGCGAACUUCAACCUUUUUCUGCCCGCGAAUGCGUCAAAUGGCAAGGUGCCCGUGCUCGUGUACCUUGCGGGCCUCACCUGCACGGAGGAUAACGGCGCACAGAAGGGGGGUUUCCUGGGAUCGGCCGCGAAGGAGGGCAUUGCGCUUCUCUUUCCCGACACCUCUCCUCGUGGUGCUGGUAUUGAAGGCGAAGAGAAUGACUGGGACUUUGGAACCGGCGCGGGCUUCUACCUAAACGCGACGAACCCCAAAUACGCCAAGCACUACAAUAUGAAGACCCAUGUCACCCUCGAGCUCCCGCAGACGCUCGAGGCCGCCGGGCUUCCGAUUGACUUCAAGCGCCAAUCCAUCUUCGGACAUUCAAUGGGCGGCCACGGUGCUUUGACCUUGUACCUUGCCUCAGAAACCAAGCAGUAUCGCUCGGCCUCCGCUUUUGCCCCGAUCUCGAAUCCGAUAAAUGCACCGUGGGGCCACAAAGCGUUCGGCGGAUAUCUGCAGGGAGGUGUCGAGGAAGCUCGGGGCAUCUACGACGCCACGGAGCUGAUUAAGAAACACAAAGGUCCGGUACACGUUCUCGUUGACUACGUGAGUAACGGUUUUUCGCAUGUGUUCCCUGGUGCUCUUCACCCUUCCUUGGUGGGAGCGCGGUCUGGACCUGAAGCGGACGCCCGUGAUACUGACGCACUUGGCCGCCGCGACCUUUCACAGGGUACGGGAGAUAAUUUUUACAAGAACGGUCAGCUUCUCCCGGAGAACUUCCUCAAGGCUGCGCGGGAAGCCAGUUUCGACGAGUUCCAGGUCCGCGUGCGUGAACAGGAGGGAUACGACCACAGUUACUACUUUAUUUCUACGUUUGGGGAGGACCACAUCCACUUCCACGCCAACUUCCUCCGAGCAUGA